CACGGCAGCCCCAGGGAGGAAGCUUCGCUGAUGAGUCACUCACCUGGUACCUCUAACCAGAACCAGCCCAGCUCCCCGAAACCCAUCCGACUGGUGCAGGACCUGCCAGAUGAGCUGGUGCAGGCUGGCUGGGAGAAGUGCUGGAGCAAACGGGAGAAUCGCCCUUACUACUUCAACCGUUUCACCAACCAGUCACUGUGGGAGAUGCCUGUCUGGGACAGCAUGAUGUCCAUUUCAGAUCCUCUGGGAUUGAAUGCUGCUCCCAUGCCUGCGGAAGGAGGAGUGUUGGAAACCACUCCGGAGAGCAAGCCAAGGAAGAGGAAACUCUCUGAGGAAGUUCAGCCCAGUGGUAACAGCGUAAAGAAACCUAAGGUGGACGUUCCAGGGAACCCUGCUGCCCAGCCACUCCCCAGUUCUCCCAGUAUUCCAGGAACCCCUAUUUUAAAGUUAUGUGGUAUUACACCCGAAGAUAAACAACAGGCAGCUCUUUUACGACCAACUGAAGUAUACUGGGACCUGGAUAUCCAAACAAAUGCAGUGAUUAAGCAGAGGGCACCGUCUGAAGUGCUGCCUCUGCACCCUGAGGUGGAGCUGCUUCGAUCCCAGCUCAUACUGAAGCUGCGGCAGCAUUACCGGGAGCUGUGCCAGCAGCGAGAGGGGAUUGACCCUCCACGGGAAUCCUUUAAUCGCUGGAUGUUGGAGCGGAAGGUUGUGGAUAAAGGGACAGACCCUCUGUUACCAAGCAACUGUGAGCCAGUAGUCUCUCCUUCCAUGUUCAGAGAAAUCAUGAAUGACAUUCCCAUCAGAUUAUCCCGAAUCAAGUUCCGUGAGGAAGCCAAGCGACUGCUGUAAUAUGCCGAAGCUGCGAAACGGCUUAUUGAAUCCAGGAGUGCAUCACCAGACAGUAGGAAAGUUGAAUGGAAUGUGGAGGACACCUUCAGCUGGCUGCGACGACAUUCAGCCUCUAAGGAGGACUACAUGGACCGCCUAGAGCACUUACGUAAGCAAUGUGGGCCCCAUGUGUCUGCUGCAGCCAAGGACUCUGUUGAAGGCAUCUGCAGUAAGAUUUACCACAUAUCGCUCGAAUAUGUCAAGCGGAUCCGGGAAAAGCAUCUUGCUAUCCUCAAGGAGCACAAUAUAUCUGCCGAGGUAGAAGCACCGGAGGUCCAGGACCGGCUUGUAUACUGUUACCCAGUGAGACUGGCCAUCCCUUCCCCACCAGUCCCCAAUGUAGAAAUGCACAUGGAGAACAAUGUGGCAUGUGUUCGGUACAAGGGGGAGAUGGUGAAAGUGAGCCGCAGCUACUUCAGCAAACUGUGGCUUCUCUAUCGGUACAGUUGCAUUGACGACUCUGGCUGUGAGAGGUUUCUGCCUAGGGUUUGGUGCCUUCUCCGUCGAUAUCAGAUGAUGUUUGGUGUUGGUCUGUAUGAAGGAACUGGCCUGCAGGGGGCACUCCCGGUGCAUGUCUUUGAAGCCCUCCACAAGCUCUUUGGAGUGAGUUUUGAAUGCUUUGCCUCGCCCCUGAACUGCUAUUUAAACAGUACUGUUCGGGCCUUCCUGGACACAGAUGGGUAUUUUGGAUCCAGGGGCCCAUUCCUGGAUUUCUUCCCCAUAAGUGGCUCUUUUGAGGCAAAUCCUCCAUUCUGUGAGGAACUGAUGGAUGCCAUGGUCUCUCAUUUUGAGAAACUGCUGGAGAGCUCCAAUGAGCCCCUCUCCUUCCUUGUCUUCAUCCCUGAGUGGAGGGACCCUCCGACGCCAGCCCUGACCCGCAUGGAGCAAAGCAAGUUCAAGCGGCACCAGCUCAUCCUGCCAGCCUUUGAUCAUGAGUACCGCAGCGGGUCUCAGCAUAUCUGCAAAAAAGAGGAGAUGUACUACAAAGCCGUGCACAACACUGCUGUCAUCUUCCUCCAAAACGACGCAGGCUUCACCAAGUGGGAGCCCACACCGGAGCGGCUGCAGGAGCUCGUCACAGCCUAUAAGCACUCGGGACGGACCCUCAGUUCCACGGGUUCCUCCUCCACCUCCUCUUCCUCCUCCACCUCUUCCUCAACAGCAGAUAAAGAUCGGGAGACGGGCGGAGAGCAAAGCACCAGCCGGGAGACCAAUGCCAAUUAAUCUGCAGAGGGCAGUGUGCGGGGACAGGCAGCAGGGGCGAAGGUAACAGUGCUCCAGAGGAGGGGAGGUUCGAUGUGGCAGGUGGAGAGACUGCUGGCUGUGCAGUGCCAAGCCUGGGGGACUCUCUUCAGGCAGCUCCACCCUGCUUGCUUUCCUCUGUCAACCUGCAAGACCUCUUUCCUCACCAGAAUCGAGGGAGAUUCCCUCGCCUUAUGCCCUGUGGGAAGACGAUCGGUUGCUGCCCUCAACGAGGGGCAAAGAAGCCAAACGUCGCAGUCAUAGGAAGAGUCUGCAGCCCCUUCAGACACUAAAGCUCUGAGGAAGAGGCGGCAGCUGGAGCUGGGACGGCUGCACGGAUGAAGGAAGGAUGGACGGACUGACAGACAGAGCUGUGGCCUAGAAGGUCCCUGGCAGGUGGCUGAAGCCUGUCAUUUCCAAGAGAAAAGCUGGCAGGGUCCAGAGGUUCUUCCUGCUGGCCUGGCACCACCAGCCCAGCUCCGUGUCCAUAGUGUAAAUAGUUCUGUCCGUGGCGACCAUGCUCCCUGCAGGGUUUGUUUCCGUAGCAUCCAUGUUUCCUUUCCACAUGUACGAGUUCCGUGUUUGCCGAAGCUGUUUACCGUAUACAAGAAAAGCAGAGAAAAGGAAUUUCUUUUUGUGUGUAAAAACGUCUUUGCAGCUGUUUUGUAGUCGUUGUGGUUUUUACCCAGAGCCCUCUGGGCUUUAUUUAACCUCCUUGGGUUUUGUUUUUUUAAGGAUUAAUUUAACACCGCUAACCAUUUUAUUACUUUUAUCAAAGAAAGCAAAGUCAAGUCUAUUUUUGAUUUUUGUUUCCUAGUUCUUAGGGACAUUAAAAACUAGCAUUACAGC